AUGGCUGACCUGCUUGUUGGGGUUUUAGUUUUGCCUUUUAGCGUGGUACUGGCUGUGAGCUCUUGUUGGUGUCUUGAAGAAUUAUUCUACAGAUAUUAUGCAGUCUGUCAACCUCUGAGGUACAGAACUAAAAUAAAUGUCCGUGUUAUUGUGAUCAUGAUCCUGGUGAGCUGGACUGUUUCUGCUUUAAUUGCAUUUAGCAUCACAAUUCUGGGAGUGAACCAAGGACAAUCUACAAGAAGGUGCGCUUUAUUUCAAAAUAUACAUUUAGCAUUUGUGGUAAUUGUUUUUGGAUUUUAUAUUCCAGCGAUCAUAAUGUUCACCAUCUACUUAAAGAUAUUGAUGGUGGCACAGAGACAGGCAUGCAGCAUCCAGAACACAACCUGUCAGAGCACAAAGUCUGAAAUUAAGAAGGAGAGAAAGUCCACCAAAACUCUGGCUAUUGUAAUGGGAGUUUUUCUCAUCUGUUGGACUCUUUUCUUUCUUUGUAUGACCUUUAACCCUUUGAGUAAUUACACAAUACCUGUUGCUGUGAUUGCAGCACUUAAGUGGCUUGGAUGGUCAAAUUCAAUGCUCAAUCCAUUGGUCUAUGCUUUCUUUUACAACUGGUUUCUUUUGACUCAUUAUUUGUAG